AUGAGUGUAUCCAUCAAGCCUUCUUUAGAAGAGCUUCUUGCUCGCAUUCGUGCAAAAAUCAUCUCCAGAGGUUCAACUGGCAUUCAGGGCCUUGGUCGCCUUUUCAGAAUUGCUGAUGACAAUGGAGAUAGAAAGAUUGAUCUUAAGAACGAGUUUCCAAAGCUCAUGGGAGAUAUUGGCGUUCUUUUAAAUAAGGCUGAAAUUGCUGAACUUGGCGUUCUUCUUGAUCGUAAUGGAGACGGUUCAAUUGACUUCGAUGAAUUUGUUUUCUACCUCGGACCCCCAAUGAAUGCUGCUCGCCAGGGUGCUAUUGAUGAUGUUUUCAACCAGCUUGAUGCUGAUAAGUCAGGAACCUUCGAUCUCAAUGAUAUUCGCAUCCGUAAUCCAAACCUCACUCAAUCUGACCAACAAAACAUUGCUCAGAAUCUUUUCAGAUCAUUCGAUAAAAAUGGCGAUAACUCUAUUACAAAAGAAGAGUUCAAUCUUUACUAUCGCGAAGUCAGUCCAAACUUCAACACUGAUCAGCAGUUCAUCGAAACAAUUUACAGAUCAUGGAACUUAAAACAACCAUAA